AUGGAAAUUUGUUUUGAUACAAUUCAAGAUUAAUUGGCAAAGCAUGUAGAUUUGGCAAAGAUAGUAGAUUUUAAUGCACUUUCAUAAAAACCUGGAUUUAAGAUUGAACAAUGUAAUAGUUGGAUAUACAUUGGUCAAAUGAUGAAUGGAAAGAAGAAUGGAACAGGUAUUCUGAAAAUAGUUGAUUCUUUGAAAUUAUAUAUCGGCGAAUGGGUUGUGGAUUAAAAACAAGGUUUAGGAUAUGAAAAAUUCUCAAAUGGAGCUGAAUAUUAUGGUAGUUAUGAGAACAACAAAUAAAAUGGAUAUGGCGAAUAUUUUUGGGUUAACGGAGAAAUCUAUAAAGGCCACUGGAUAGAUGGAUAGAAAAGUGGUUAUGGAGAGUGGCUGGGACAAAAUUCAUGGUAUAAAGGUGAAUGGAAAAAUGGCUAUGUGGAAGGAAGAGGGGUAUAUUAAUCUGAAAAAGGAGAUCUAUACACAGGCGACUUUGUAGCAUCAAUGAAACACGGAAUGGGGGAAGAACGCUUUUCUAAUGGUGAUUUAUUUAGAGGAAAUUUUAUUAAUGGUAAACCAGAAGGGUAUGGUGAAUACGUUUGGAAAUCUGGCAGCCUAUAUUAGGGAUUCUUUCUAAAAGGUAUGAGGCAUGGUCAAGGUGUAUGGCAGUCUUCAACUUCUAGUUUGUGUGAUAAAUAUGAUGGAGCCUAUUAAUUUGAUAAAAAAUCAGGAUACGGUGAAUUUAUUUGGGCUAAUGGAACUGUUUAUAAAGGCUAAUUUCAAGAUGAUCUUAGGUAGGGUUAUGGAGAAAUUUAUUCUAAAGGGGUUUUAAUUUAUUAAGGGGAAUGGGAAAGGGAUGUAUAAAUUGAAAAAUCAGGAUUAAGACUAAAAUUUUAAUAGAAAUAAUACAUUCAAAAUCACAUUGCCUUGUAUUCAAAGCAUCCAAACGUGGAAGAGAUUAAAGAAUUAGAAGAAGAAUCCAAUGGAUCAGAGCCUGAAAGAUUAUUACAAGAAAAUAGGAACAUUCAAUAAAAAAGGACAGAGAAAUUUAGAUUAACAACUUUGCAUUUUGAUAGUAGAACUAAGACGCAUCGAAUUUCUCCUAUGAAACGGAGCUUAGAUUUAUAAAACUCCUCAGCUUCAGUAUAAAAUAAAAAAAAUAGAGUUCAAUCUUAAACAUAAUGCAAAACACAAAUAAUUUAAUAACACAAGCAUAGAUCGAUUUCUUAUUCAAAUUAAGUGUAAAUAACUAAUAAAGAAAUGUCUAAAAAUAAUUAACAUUCAUAACCGAAAAAAAGUAGAUUAAAAUUGGAAAAGUUGAAAUGA